CCACGACGUGAUGACGUACGGUUGCAGCCUCCCUCUAGGUGUUUGGCUGUGUGAGUGUCUGCGGGGGGAGAACAGAAGAGCUGAGCGGGUUCCGGUUGAUGUUGCUGCUCCUGGGCCGCAGGGUUCCGCUGUCAUCCGAACACAGACUCACUACCUGCUGUCCACCCUCACCGUCCAGGCCCGUCCUGCUCAGAACCUCAGAGUCCCGCAGACAGACAGAACCGUGUCCGUUAGUCCAGCCGGUCAGAACACAGGAACCAUGCCCGAGAGGAGGCCCUUCGUCCGGCUACCCGCUGACGUCUACCCCGUCAACUACGGACUGAGUCUGAAGCCAGACCUCAUCGACUUCACCUUUGAGGGCAAACUGGAGGCGCUGGUGGAGGUUACACAAGCCACGAAUCAGAUUGUGAUGAACUGUGCUGACAUUGACAUCAUCACAGCUUCCUUUGUACCGCAGGGAGGAGAAGAAAUUAAUGCCACAGGAUUCAACUAUCAGAAUGAAGAUGAGAAAGUCACCCUGUCAUUUCCUAGCGCUUUACAGAAAGGCUCCGGCACGUUGAAGAUAGACUUUGUCGGGGAGCUGAACGACAAAAUGAAGGGAUUCUAUAGAAGUAAAUAUUCAUCCGCUGCUGGAGAAGUCCGCUACGCUGCAGUCACACAGUUUGAGGCCACGGACGCUCGCAGAGCUUUCCCCUGUUGGGAUGAGCCAGCUAUCAAAGCCACCUUUGACAUCGCUCUGAUAGUUCCCAAGGACCGAGUCGCCUUGUCAAAUAUGAAUGUCAUCGAUCGAAAGCCAUAUCCGGAGGAUGAAAACCUGGUGGAAGUGAAGUUUGCCACCACGCCCAUCAUGUCUACGUACCUCGUAGCUUUUGUGAUCGGUGAAUACGACUUCGUGGAGAGCCAAUCGUCAGACGGUAUAACGGUGCGCGUCUACACGCCCGUCGGGAAGUCGGAACAAGGGAAAUUUGCGCUGGAGGUUGCGACUAAGACCUUACCUUUCUACAAAGACUACUUCAGUGUUCCUUAUCCGUUGCCUAAAAUCGAUCUCAUAGCUAUCGCUGAUUUUGCUGCUGGUGCCAUGGAGAACUGGGGCCUUGUUACCUACAGGGAGACGGCACUGCUAAUCGACCCCAAGAACUCCUGUUCGUCCUCCAGGCAGUGGGUGGCGCUGGUGGUCGGACACGAACUCGCCCACCAGUGGUUCGGAAACUUGGUCACCAUGGAAUGGUGGACCCAUCUGUGGCUUAAUGAAGGCUUUGCAUCCUGGAUCGAGUACCUGUGCGUGGACCACUGCUUCCCAGAGUACGACAUCUGGACCCAGUUUGUCUCGGCCGACUACACCCGCGCUCUGGACCUGGACGCGCUGGACAGCAGCCAUCCCAUCGAGGUGAACGUGGGUCAUCCGUCAGAGGUCGAUGAAAUCUUCGACGCCAUCUCCUACAGCAAAGGAGCGUCUGUGAUCCGCAUGUUGCACCACUACACAGGAGACGAGGACUUUAGGAAAGGAAUGAACGCCUAUCUUUUGAAGUUCCAACAUAAGAAUGCUUCGACAGAGGACCUAUGGGACUGUCUGGAACAGGCCAGUGGGAAACCCAUCGCUGCAGUGAUGAGCUCGUGGACCAAGCAGAUGGGCUUCCCCAUAAUAGUAGUGGAGCAGGAGCAGCAAGGUGACGACCGCAUCCUCAAGCUAUGUCAGAAGAAGUUCUGUGCCAGUGGACCACAUAAUGGUGAGGACUGCCCCAGCUGGAUGGUCCCCAUUAGUAUUUGUACCAGCGAGGACCCCAAAUGCACCAAGCUCAAGGUUCUGCUGGACAGACCCGAGACCACCAUCACGCUGAACGGCGUCGCCCCGGACCAGUGGAUCAAGAUCAACCCCGGCACCGUGGGCUUCUACCGCAUCCAGUACAGCUCGUCCAUGCUGGAGAGUCUGCUGCCGGGCGUCAGAGACCUCAGCCUGCAGCCGGUGGACCGACUGGGCCUGCAGAACGACCUGUUCUCCCUGUCUCGUGCAGGGAUGAUCAGCACGGUGGAGGUGUUGAAGCUGAUGGAGGCGUUCGUCAACGAGCCCAACUACACGGUGUGGAGCGACCUCAGCUGCAACCUGGGAGUGUUGUCCUCGCUGCUGUCCCACACCGACUUCCACGAGGAGAUCCAGGAGUUCAUCCGGGACCUCUUCACCCCCAUCGGCCUGGAGCUGGGCUGGGACUGCAAACCGGGGGAAGGCCACCUGGAUGCCCUGUUGAGAGGUCUGGUUCUGGGGAAGCUGGGGAAGGCGGGACACAAACCCACACUGGAGGAGGCCCGGCGGAGAUUCAGGGACCACGUGGAGGGCAAGCAGGGCCUGCUCGCAGACCUCCGGAGCCCGGUGUAUCUAACAGUGCUGAAGCAUGGAGACAGCACCACGCUGGACACAAUGCUGAAGCUCCACAAACAAGCCGACAUGCAGGAGGAGAAGAAUCGUAUCGAGCGAGUGCUGGGCGCCAUCUCUGCCCCCGACCUCAUCCAGAAAGUCCUCAGCUUCGCCCUCUCGGAAGACGUGCGUCCCCAGGACACGGUGUCAGUAAUCGGGGGCGUGGCAGGGAGCAGUAAACAAGGCCGGAAAGCUGCCUGGAAGUUUGUGAAGGACAACUGGGAGGAGCUUUACAACCGCUACCAGGGUGGCUUCCUCAUAUCACGGCUCAUCAAGCUCACAGUUGAUGGAUUUGCUAUCGACAAAAUGGCUGCUGAAGUGAAGAGUUUCUUUGACAGCCACCCGGCGCCGGCGGCCGAGCGUACGGUGCAGCAGUGCUGUGAGAACAUCAACCUCAACGCCGCCUGGCUGAAGCGCGACGCAGACGACAUCUCUCAGUAUCUACUGCAGCGCAAAGCGCCGCCCGUCUGAGCCGCCGCCACCGCCGCUUCCUCCAGUCCCCCCCCGCACCCCCUCCCUCCAGCGCGGACCUCCCAGCAUCAUAACUGUCCCCCCCCCCCGACCCCCCUACCCCCCCGACCCCCCACUACAGACCAGAGCUUCAUUUCUCUAAAGAAACUGUAUGAAACAAGAAGGCGACGCCAAGAUUUUAACAACGUGUUGGAAACACACAGAGACUCUUUCUACGUUAACAGAUUCAUGUUAGUCGGACCAGGAAUGUAGUUUGACCCCGUUCUGCCCUCCGGACGUCACCAGUAACGCUAUUAAACCGGCGCUCAGCCCUCCGAACCACCGCUAACCUGCUAACCUGCUAACCUGCUCUGCAUCACCUGAUCACCUGAUCACCUGAUCACCUGCCCCGUAUGCACUCCCUCAUCCAUCUCUGCAUCGUAGCUGAGAAAACUGUGAAUCUUCCUCCACCUCCUCCUCUUCUUCCUCUUCCUCCUCUUCCUCCUCCUCCUCCUCAUUUUGAAUGCAUGAAGUGUGAUUUUCUGCAUUUGCUGCUUUGUUUACUUCGGUUUGUUUUCUGUACAAACAAAAAUUUUGAUUUCAUUUUUGUUUAUUUCUUUUCUCCCCCCCAUCUUCUCUUUUAGUUAUUCACACCUCCUCCUCCUCCUCUUCCCUCCUUCCUCCUCUUCCUCCUCCUCCUCUUUCGGGCGUUGUGAUUGGGUGAAAGCAGAAGGCACCUGGGCAGAAUGGGGUUAAUAGAAAGCCGAAGUCCCGCCCCUUCCUGUGACCACCAUGGGACCUUAUUUCAGAAACAAAUAUGAACGGUAGUCCAUGAACGCUCGGUACACUUAAAGGGUCCCGGUUUGGGGGUCUGAAAAUAUGGUCACCUGACCCGCGUCACCGAUGCUAGCUAGCUAACCAACUUAGCUACGUUCCACUACCACACCUUAGGCUGCGUCGUCUUUCUCAUGACGUAUUUUCUUAAUUUUCUUCAACAGUUUUACGACAAACUGAAACUUUCUGGACGGGAAAAAUAAGAAAAUGAUUUGAUUGUUUAUUUCUGAAGUCGAAAUGUUGAGAAUAAACUCGAAAUGUCAGUAUAUAGUAUAUCUAUGCACUAACGCUAGUAGUUUGAUUUAUUCUCGACAUUUCAACCCCACACCUUCAACACCUUUUUUAUUGUGUUUUUAACAAUUGAAACAAAAACACAAAGUAUAAUAAUUAUAAUAUUCUUUUUAUUUUAUUUUUUGAUAUAUUCACAUUCUAAACAGUCUGGCAAAAUUAUCUUUUAUAUGUUCAAACAUCAUAUCUGUGUGAUUCAAACCGGAUCAAUAACAUAUUGAUCUCUUUCCGUCGACUACCGUUCAUAUUUAUAUUUCCGUUAUGAGGUCCCGUGGCGGUGACAGGAAGGGGUGGGGCUUCACCGCUCUAUAACAGUAGUGUGUGUGUGUGUGUGUGUGUGUGUGUGUACGUGUGUGCGUGUGUGCGUGUUGUAGUUUCCAACAGCACUGAUUCUCAUUGCUAAUAAACGGUUAGGACGAGGCGAGCAGCGCUAGCAUGGUACUAUAUUGUAAACUGUAUAAUGAUGCAAACAGACGAUGUUCCUUUAAAUGAAUUAAAUGGAAAAGUUGUUGCUUCCCUGCCCCCCCCCCUCCGCUCCCUGAACCCCCCCCCACCCCCCGAGCUCUGUCCACUCAGAGUUUGUAUAGUUUGAAUCAUCAACGAGCCUAUUUAAAUAAUACCCCCCCCCCCCCCACAAUGACAUGAAGAUAUCGGCGUGUUUUAUAAGACAUCAGAUGCAGUGAUUUAUUUAAAUGUUGAGAUAAUCUUAUAUUCUGAGGAGAGAGAGAGAGAGUAAAAACAACACGACUCUACGGGGCCUUUUUUCAUUCUGAAGUAACAUCAGGAAAACGCCUCUCGAUAAGGGUCGAGAGUCCGGCGCCGGCUCGGCCCGGUUCGGUCCGGACCGCGUGGACGUGACUUGACUGCGCUGUCAAACUCGGAGGCCUUAAAUCGGUUCGACCGGUUUGCAGUAAAUAUUUAAAAAACAUGACGUCAGAUGUGUCUACGGUGACAGAUUAUGCAGACUUGUUGAGCGAGUAUAUCUAUAUAGAAUUUACAAUUUGAUGUGGUUUUUUGAAAACAUAGCGACCAAGUCAUCCAACCUGUUGUCGAGACUCCUCUCCCCCGACCCCCCCCCAACCCCCCGACCCCCCCGCCACCCAACAUCUGUUGUUGUUUUUCUUUUUCUUUUUACUUUCUUUUCUUUUUUUUGUUUAAAACUACAGUUGGUGUUCAUUAAAGUGAAAAAAAAAAAAGGAUUAUAAAAACAAAAUUUGUACAAGUUGAUUUUACUGAGUGAGGUGUGAGUGUGCAUGCCUUUGUAUUAUCUCACACCGACAGGAGGAGAUGAUCUGAUUGGAUUACAGGUGGAUAAAGCAGCACUGAAACGUGUGUAUAUAUACGUAAAUAUAAUCACACCUAAUGAGAAUAGAACUGCAGAUUGACGUAGAUGAUCACAACAUUUACUACAUAAAGAGUCUGUUGUUGUUCCGGCAGCGUUGGCGUUGAUCCUGCAGACAUGUUUCAUGUUUUCUUGUCUUCUUUCUUUUUCUAAUGAAUCAGAGUUUAGUUGAACAUGUGGGAUGUUGUUUUUGUGGUUCUGACUUCCAGAAGACGAGAGAGAAUCUGGACCGCUCUGACUUCAGUGAAUAUGCAGUCCAAUAAAGCAAAACACUUGAUACCGUUAA